CACCAGCAGAUCGCCAAACCUUGUCGGGUUUUUGGAAUUAUACUUUGUCAAUUUGCUUCUGUUGUUGGAUAUUCUUGCACAUUUCCGAUUUGCCUUGUCAAACUCUAAUCGGAAUUUAUACUUGGAUUUAUAACUGCAACUAGCAGAUUUUGCAACUAAGUUAUUCACUACCUCACCAGUCACGGAAUCACCUGCAAAAUGGCACUGGCAGUGGAUUCAGAGUUCGACCCAUUUAAGCAGUGUUUCAUCAACGACGAUGUUGAGUUCUACGGCUCAGCUGCGUCCCCCAACUCGACAACGCCAAGCGAAGACAUCUGGAAGAAAUUCGACGAUAUGGAGUUGGAGUUUUUCCCCACACCACCCCUGAGCCCAUCUCACCCCAGCAGCGACGGUGAGGACACCGGCGGGGGCGGGGGGAUAAGUGCCCCUCUCUUUGCGGACUCUGACAAACUCCAACGCGUACUCUCUGAGAUUCUUGAAGACGAGCCUGUAUGGAUGACACAGAGUUUAACAUUUGUUGGUCCCGAUCACAAGCCAACAGUACCAACCACCCACAGGAACGUUAGCCCUGCCAGAAUUAACAUUGGUUCCCACAAAUCGAACUUUCUCAUCCAAGACUGUAUGUGGAGUGCUAUUCAAGCCGAGGAGAGGCGGCGACAGAUGCAGGCAGAGAAGGCGGCUAAGAACGGUAGACUUACGGCCCACUCGUCAGUAGCCGGUGGAGUCUCUGGCGACUUUUCGUCGGGUGAAUGUGUCGACCCUACAUCAGUGUUCCCCUACCCCCUCAGUGACACCAGACUGGACUUCUCGAGUACGACGCCAUCUGAUUCUGAGGAAGAAAUCGAUGUGGUAACAGUUGAGAAGAAGUGCCCGCCAUCCUCACAUAAUGUACCAAGAACAAUCAUCAUCAAACGCCACUCGAAACAUUCGCGAAAACAUGGCCAUGGUGCACAAAUGUUCAAAGUGGUGAAGCGCUGUUCCUCAAACAAAUCCAUCCUCUCUAAAGUACCGACCAGUCUCAAGACUACCACCGGUCUGAAGAAACUGAACAAGAUAAACCUUGCAAAGCAUGUGAGCUUGGAGGAUGUGAAGCGAGUGUUGGAGAACACCUUAAGCAGUAACAACAGUACGAAACACUCUAAGAGCUUAUCAAAGAGAACCUACAACAGGAACAGCAGUAGAGGGAGUAGUCGCGGGAGCAGCAGACACGGCAGUCAGGACUCGUCAGACUCUGAGGAUUGUGAUCGCAGAGCCAACCAUAAUGUCCUCGAGAGGCGGAGACGAGAAGACCUCAGGACCAGUUUCUUCAAGCUCCGCGAUCAGGUGCCGGAGCUCGCCUCGCAAGAGCGUGCAGCCAAGAUCGUGAUCCUCAAGAAAGCCACGGACUAUGUACACCAUCUCCACGCUGACGAAGAGUCGCACACCAGGACACAUAACGCUCUCAAGAGGAGACACCACGCUUUGCUCCUUCGGUUGCGACAAUUAGAAGAGGCCAAGUGACUAGGCGUGGCAGAGUUCCCUGCUACACAUGGACAUGACUAUCUAUAAGACUCUACGAUAGAGAACACUUUACCUCUUUGAGCGUAUUGGAUUUGGACCACUUACCCAGGAGCACUGCCUUUAUUUUAUACCUUUUAUGUCAGUUGAUACAACUACCCUUUGUUAAAAAAGGGUAGAAACAUGUUUCUCUUAUUUUUAUUUUUUUUUACUAAAAAAAAU